UAUUUGAUGAAACUUGUGGCAACGUUUAAUGGCUGCUGAAAGUUACUGAAAUUUCCAUUGCGUUCAAUGAUAGUCAAUAUGAGAUUGCUAUUAAAAUUUUAAAAUUUCUUCAGGAUAUUUGUUUAUUUUUUGCUUUAAUCAAUUCAUUUAACGUUAAUGAUCUUCUAUUUGUUUUGAGUUCUAGGCAAAACGCAGAAGAAUAUUAUAAUGUAGUUGAUACAUUUCAUUUCAAGACUAAAAUGUAAUUUAAAGCUGCAAUUCAUCUUUGAUUAACUCUUGGGCGUGAAGUCUAAGCAGUUCCUCUGCCAUCUGGCAUAGAGAAAACAACUGGUCAGAUACCAAUUGUGGUACAUUAUUGAAAGUAUCUGACAGUUUUUAAAGCACAGUUCAGUUCUUUUUAAAAAAUACUCAGCAAUCCUGCCCUUGUUCAAGUGACCUUGUUCUACUGCUAUGAAGUUCUGUAAAAAGAAGGCUAUUUGCUUGAAUUAGGAACAUUUUGCAUGAUGAAUAUCUUUUGUCUUCAUAGUCCUUUGUCAUACAUAUGAUAUCAUCAUGUAGUUAUAGUGUGCUAUAGCUGCAUAAAAAACCUUCAUGUCGCAAAUGGCAGUUUCAAAUAUUCCUGGACAAAAUCCUGGGCAACAAAGUUUGUUAGGCACAGUUAAUAUUAUUUCUUCUAGCCAAAGUAACGGACAGCAAGGACUGCUUAGCACAGUCAAUGUUAUGUCUUCUGAUCAAAAUACUGUUCCACAAAAUCAACUUGGCAAUGUUGGUAAUGUUCUUCCUGGACAAAAUGUUGGGCAACAAAGUUUGCUUACAACUGCAAAUCAAGCAACAUCAACUUUUGGUCCAUUUUCUCACGUCUCAGAUAUUGAAAAACGUAGAUAUCAUCAGCAGUUAGUACUGCUAUUACAUGCUUAUAAAUGUCAAAAGCGUGAUUCUACAAAUGGUGAAGUGAGAGGAGAGUGCAAUUUGGCACAGUGCCAAGGAAUGCGACAUGUCCUAAGUCACAUUCAAGUGUGUCAAGCUGGCAAUGCUUGUACAAUUCCUAAUUGUGCUUCAUCAAAGGCCCUCAUAUUACACUGGAAAAAUUGCACUCAAAGAGAAUGUGCAUUAUGUUUGCCACUCAAACAAGCUCAUGGAAGACGACAACAGCAACCUCCUGUUGUCCAAACAAGUCAAGCAAAUCAAGUCCCAAAUCAAGCUGUUGUUCAAAGAGCCUAUUCUUCUUUAGGACUUCCAUUUCCUAGUAAUAAUAGCAAUGUUAUGGAUUCAGGUUUACAGAAUCAAGGUCAAACACUUGAAAGUGAGCGUGCUUCUCAAAGUCCUUCCCAGUUAGUAAAUCAUAUUCAACUGCCACAGACAGCUCAACAGCAGUCAAAUGUUCAGCUACGAACGAUGCUUCAGAAUAAUGCAUCAGGGGCUAAUACAAACCCUGCAACACAAUUGGUCUUUAUGGGAGAACCUUCUGUUAAAACAACUAGUGCAUCUCUUAUGAAUUCAGUUCCAAAUCAAAUGUCUCCCCUCGUUUCAAACAUCACUAGUUGUGCUCCUACUAAUGUUAAAGAUUGGCACCAAGCUGUCACUUCUGAUUUGCGGCAUCAUUUAAUUCAAAGGAUUAUUCAAGAAAUCCUAAUUGUACUUAACAAAAAAGAUUUAAAUGACCCAACUGAUCCUGCUUUUAUGAAUGUCAUCAACUAUGCUCGUAGAAAUGAAGCAGUUAUGUAUGAUUCAGCUAAUACUAGAGAAGAAUAUUACCAUUUGCUAGCAGAAAAAAUUUAUAAAAUACAGAGAAGAGAACUGUCAGAUGGGAGACAGCGUCGACCAGAACUUCGUAGACCUCAAGUUGGCACUGGAUUGGAAACUACUGCCCCUGUGAAUCAAGCUCCUAGAAUUCAAGGAGCAAAUCAGAUUCAACAGUUAAAUUUACCAAAUGCUGGUGUGUCGGCGACAAGGCAAAGAAUGCCACCACCUAAUGUUACUGUUCUCCCUAAUGCUACUCCUCGUGGAUCAGAGUUAUUUUCUUCUGGAUCUCAGUUGCCUGCUUCUUUAAAUAACACUAUUAAUAUGAAUCAGGCUCAAGUUAGACAAAACAAUUUAUCCUUAAGUAGUUUGCAACAGCACCAGUUUCAACAACAGCACUUAAAUCAUUUAAAUUCUUCUAACUCUACAAUUGGAUCAUCUAAUGUUGAUUUGUCUACCAUUUCUUCCACAACAAUAUCAGCAUCACAGUUUACUUCUACUCAGCAAAACAAUUCUCAAGCAGCAAAUGCUUUUAAAGCUAGACAAAAUUUGCUUCAAUAUCAACAACAAGCGUCAAUUUUAAGGCAGGUAGAACAAGAACAGUCUGUAACACCUAGCAUAAAUUCUCAAUCUCUCAUGAUGAAUCAACAGUUUCAGCAAAAUCAGAUGCUAAAUGACCAGCAGCAGCAAAAUCAAAUGAUAAAUCAGCAUCAAAAUACUGUUUUGAACCAGCAACAACAAAACCAAUUAUUGAAUCAUUCUCAGCAACAAAAUCAACUUUUGAACCAGCAACAGCUUCAACAGAAUCAGCUGUUAAACCAACAACAGCAGCAAAACCAAAUUUUAACUCAGCAGCAACAUAACCAGAUGCUUAGCCAGCAACAGAAUCAACUUUUAAACCAACAACAGCAAAAUCAGAUUUUAAAUCAGCAACAACAAAACCAAAUUUUAAAUCAGCAACAACAGAAUCAGAUCUUAGGUCAACAGCAAAAUCAGCUUCUAAAUCAGCAGCAGCAAAAUCAGUUAUUAAGUCAGCAACAACAAAAUCAAAUGUUAGGACAGCAGCAAAAUCAUAUUAUAAACCAGCAGCUGCAGCAGAAUCAGCUAUUGAGCCAACAGCAAAACCAGCUGCAACAGGUUCAGUCUCAGCAGCAAAAUCAGGCUAUCCUGAAUAGAGUUGAAAUUAAGUCACAGCCAAGUCUCCCACCACAAUUGUCCUCUCAGUCUAGUGGAAAUCAAUUAGUUCACUCAUCUACACCUCAACCACAAUCACAGCAAUCACCAAUUCAACAGCCACCUAGAGCUGCAUCUGUACCAGUAACACAUCCUGCAACUCCAUCUACUCCUCAACAAACUAGUACUAAUAUACCUCAGGAAGAAGCUCCCAUGGAAAAUAAUAAUGAAGUUCAGUUAUUGCAACAGCCCGAAAGUCAUACCUUACAACGACCACCAGCACAAUCUUAUUCUGAAAUUCAUCUUCAAUCAUUUCAGCAAAAUAAUAUUCAGUCUUUGCCUCAAAUAGGCGAUCAGUCUCUAAACCAAGAUGAUCAAUUCUUACAACACACUGUUGGCCAGUCUCCACAGUUAACAAUGACUCAAUCAACACAACAGAACGCUCAAACUUUGCAACAGAAUGCUAACCAGCCAAUGUCUAAAGAAAUGAUCAAAGUAGAAGAUUGUAGUGAUGAAAAACCCGUCUCAUCAUUUUCAGAAACAGAAUAUUUAUCUAAUCAAGCCAGCGGUGAAGAAUCACGUAACUCUCUUGCAGGACAGUCUGAAUCUGAAUCAAAUCAAUCAGGUGGAAAGGUAUUUGCUUUUUCUUUACAAAAAAUAUCUGGGAAAGACAAUUAUCCAGAAAAAGUCGAAGAGGUUAAGAUUAAAACUGAAAAUUUGGAUGAUCAAGAAUUGCCUUCAAAGCAAAGUCCUAAGGUCGAAGUAAAAAUGGAAACUGAUGCUGAUAGCCAGAAGCGUGCUCUUGAAGAUACUAAAGAUUCUGUUUCUGCUGCACCAGAUGCAUCUCUUCAAGCAAAAGUGAAGGUUGAAGUUAAAACAGAAACUGCUGUAGUUAAGACAGAAAUUAAAAAAGAGGCUUCAGAGCCUCCUAUGAAAAAGUUCAAAGCCAAUCAAAAGAUAUUCAAGCCAGAUGAAUUGCGUCAAGCAUUGAUGCCAACUUUAGAAAAGUUAUAUAAACAGGAUCCCGAAUCACUGGCCUUUCGACAACCUGUUGAUCCUGAAGAAUUGCAUAUUCCUGAUUACUUUGAUAUCAUAAAGACACCUAUGGAUCUAUCAACAAUUAAGGAAAAACUUGAUACAGGCCAAUAUCAAGAUCCUUGGCAAUAUGUCGAUGAUGUAUGGUUAAUGUUCAGUAAUGCCUGGCUGUAUAACAAAAAAUCCUCAAAAGUUUAUAAACAUUGUUCGAAGCUUGCUGAAGUUUUUGAGCAAGAUAUUGAUCCAGUCAUGCGAUCAUUAGGAUAUUGUUGUGGAAGAAAAUAUGCUUUUCAGCCUCAGAUUUUAUGUUGCUUUGGGAAAGAAUUAUGUACAGUACCUCGUGACACAAAGUACUGGAGUUACCAGAAUCGUUAUAUUUACUGUCAGAAAUGUUUUACUGAUAUUGCUGGAGAUACUAUUUCCAUCGUGGAAGAUCCUACUCAGCCAGCUGUAACUGUGAAAAAGUCAGAUUUUAUCGAACUGAAAAAUGAUCAUUUAGAUCAAGAACCAUUUAUAGAAUGUACUGAUUGCUGCAGGAAAUUGCAUAAAAUAUGUGUUCUCCAUUUUGAACAAAUUUGGCGAGAAGGAUUUUUGUGUGAUGACUGCUAUCAGAGAAAAGCUAAAAAGAAAAAAGAAAACAAAUUCACUGCCAAGAGAUUGCCACAAACAAAACUUGGAUUGUUUCUUGAGAAUCGGGUUAAUACUUUCUUAAAGGACAGAGAAUGUGGUGCUGGGGAAGUUACAAUUAGAGUCGUAGCUAGUUCAGAAAAGUUUGUAGAGGUUAAACCUGGCAUGAAGGCAAGAUAUGUUGAUACUGGGGAAAUGUCUGAGAAAUUUCCUUAUUUGGCAAAAGCUUUAUUUGCUUUUCAAGAAAUUGAUGGUGUAGACACAUGUUUCUUCGGAAUGCAUGUUCAAGAAUAUGGAUCAGAAUGUCCACCACCAAAUACUAGGCGUGUUUAUAUUGCAUAUUUAGAUAGUGUUCACUUUUUCCAACCUAGAAAACUCAGAACAUCAGUUUAUCAUGAGAUUUUGUUGGGUUACUUGGAUUAUGUGAAGCGUCUAGGUUAUGCAAUGGCUCAUAUUUGGGCAUGUCCUCCGAGUGAGGGUGAUGAUUAUAUAUUUCACUGCCAUCCAGUAGAUCAGAAAGUUCCUAAACCAAAAAGACUACAAGAGUGGUACAAAAAAAUGUUAGAGAAAGGUGUUAACUGCAGAGUUGUUGUAGAUUUCAAAGAUAUUCUUAAGCAGGCCACUGAAGAUAACUUAAAAAGUGCUGCUGAGUUACCAUAUUUUGAUGAUGAUUUUUGGCCAAAUGUUCUAGAAGAAAAUAUUAAGGAACUGGAACAGGAAGAAGAAGAAAAAAGAAAAGCUGAGGCAAAUGUUGUUACAACAGCUACUGCAACAGCUUCUGAAGCUGAUGUUGAUGAAGAAGAUAGUGUUGAUGGUAAAAAGAAAGGUCAGAAAAAUGGACGUAAUAAAAAGUCGAAUAAAAGUAAAAACCAAAGAAAAAACACUAAAAAGUCAAAUUUACCUUAUACUGGGAAUGACUUAACUGCAAAAAUUUAUUCCACAAUGGAGAAGCACAAAGAAGUGUUUUUUGUGAUUCGCUUACAUUCAUUGCAAGUUGCAGCCGGUUUGUCAUCUAUCAUUGAUCCAGAUCCUUUUAUAAGCUGUGAAUUGAUGGAUGGUAGAGAUCAAUUCCUAACUUUUGCUAGAGAUAAUCACUAUGAAUUUUCCUCCCUUAGAAGGGCAAAGUUUUCUAGCAUGGCUAUGUUGUAUGCUUUACAUAAUCAAAACCAUGACCAAUUUGUGUAUACAUGUAAUUCAUGUAAAUCUAAUGUUGAGACAAGAUAUCACUGUAGCCAAUGUGAAGAUUUUGAUUUAUGUGUCGCUUGCUAUAACAAAGAAGGUCAUAAACACCGCAUGGAUAAAUUAGGUUUUGGUUUAGAUGAAGAUUCAUCCAAUUCUGAUGCAAAAUCCGCAAUCAAUCCACAAGAUUCCAGAAAACUAUCUAUUCAAAGAUGUGUACAGUCUCUUGUACAUUCGUCUCACUGUAGAGAUGCAAAUUGCCGUAUGCCUAGCUGUUUAAAUAUGAAAAAGAUUGUUGCUCACGCCAAACAAUGUGAAAGGAAAACCAACCGAGGCUGUGCAGUUUGUAAGCAAUUUAUUGCUUUGUGUUAUCAUCAUGCAAAAGCUUGUCAAGAGACAAAGUGUCCUGUGCUGUUUUGUUUGAAUAUUAGACAUAAGUUGCGACAACAGCAAUUGCAACAUAGGAAACAACAAGCACAAAUUCUUAAGAGACGAAUUGCAACUAUGCAAAAUCGUGGAAUGCCAUCAGCUGUUACACAGAAUACUCCAGAGACGUCGUAUGCCGCUAGCCAGCCACCACCGGUAGUACAGGCGCCGGCACCUCCUUAUCCUACGCAACCUGGAAUGGAUAUGAAGCAGCUCCAAGUUGCUCCUGGCAUGAAUCCUAUGCAAGCAGUUCAACAAGGGCAAACUAUACGGCUUGCAAUGCCUCAACAUGUAGCUGCUGGGAAUGUAAGCUAUGGAAAAGGCAAUCCAAUGGCUCGACCUCCAGUACCUAAUGCCACCUUAAUGUCACAACAACAGAUGCAGGCUCAGAUGCAACAGAAACCGUUACCUCAAGUACUUGGCGUACCAAAUCGGGUGAUGGGAAUGGGUGGCGUUAAUCGAUGGGAAAAUACCAAUUACAUGCAGAAUUCUCAACCUCAUCCAAACCUGCAACCACAGCCUUCUCAACAAAUGGGAUUACGGCAGCAAUCGCAACUCAUUGGACCAGGUGGUAUGGCUAGUUCACUUGGGAACCCUGCUGUUAAAGGUCCAUCUCAACUUGUGCCUAAGCAAGGACCUUCCUUGCCAAACCAGCAAAAUUCACUUCAAACUCUAAUUCAAACUCUAAAAUAUCAACAGUCUCCUCAACAACAGCAACAAGUGCUUUCAAUAUUAAAAUCUAAUCCACAGUUAAUGGCUGCUUUCAUUAAACAGAGGACUGCUCAGAAAAUGCAACAACAACAACAACAACAACAGCAGCAACAACAACAACAGCAUCAGCAACAACAACAACAGCAGCAGCAACAACAGCAGCAACAGCAACAACAGUUAUUAAAUGGUGGAAAUGUUAUUCUGCAUCCUUCUCAGUCUAAUAUUCGAUAUAGACAACAACAUUUGUUAGCUUUUAGGCAACAACUUCAACAACAACAGCAGCAACAACAACAACAGCAGCAACAAGCAAAUCAAUUUUCUCAUCCACAACCACCAAUGUAUGCCCAACGUCCAAGAAUGCCUAUAGCUUCCAGUUUUGGCCACCAGCAGCGAUUUCAGACAGACAAUUCUCAAUUUCAGUUUCAGCAACAAAAUUCACAAACUAUUUUACAAUCCCAAAUAAAGCAGAUGGCUUCUCCUACUCAUCCUCCCGUAAGCCCUCAGCAAGUGAUCCUUGAUAAUAAUCAAGGUUCAAUACCUUCACCUUCACAGCAACAAAUUUUGCAACAUUUAAGAUCCCCUCCUCCAAAUGCUCCUCAUCUUGCACAAGCAAUCGGUUCCCCUCAACCUAUUGCUUCUCCUAGGACUUGGGUUAAUGUUCCUCAAGGUCAACCCAUACCAUCACCAAGACAACAAAUGUCAUCACCGCACUACCCUACCCAAAGUCAAUCACCUCAUUCGAGUCUUAGUUUUGGAACUGGUGGACUUGCUGGUUCAGAUCAAAUGACUGCUAAUAAUGAUCUAUAUUCUCAUUUAUCAAACUCAGUGUCAUUUCAUCCUAGCAUGUCCAACCAGUUACAGGGCACAGUUAAUCAAGAUUUAAAUCUGUCAUCAGCUGACAAUGUGGACAUGAGUCAUCAAACUAGAAAUGAGCAACUUGAUAAGUAUGAUAGCUUUUAACAUCAUAGUAUAUAAAAUUUUUUUCUUUGUUCAUUUUCUAAAAAGAAGUGGGCUUGAGUUCUUUUUUAUACCAGUAUUUUUGUACAAAACUGUUACGGUUAUUAGUUGAGAAACUCGUAUCCUAAUGACCGUUCAUGAAGAUAAUAUAUAGUUUUUUGGAACAACGAACAUUGUAUGACUCAUAUCAAGUUAAAUUUUGUACAUUACAAGUGCAUUAGCUGUGCAUAAAAAAAAAAAAAAAAAUUAGACCAUAACUGUUACAAUAUUGAAUGAGGCGCUACUUCAUUCUUCGUAGAAAGACUAACAAUGAAGUGAUUUAGAUUUUUAUAAUGUCACUUGUUUAUCAUGAUCUCACAAGAGUUUUGAUAUGAGACGUUGGUUGGACUUUUUUUUUCGUUUGCUUUGUAUAGACAUCAAGAGUGUGCAAAACAAAUGCACAAACAUAAGCAGCCAUAAUCUAUUUUAUUCAGUUGUAGAUAAAUCCUGCAUUUAUGAAAUACUCAACAUAUUUCAGGACUAAAAGGAGUUUUACUUUACUCUCUCUCUUUCUCUCUGAAAAAACAAGAGAUAGAACUUCAACUUUGUUCACGAUGUAAUAUCUUUAUAAAUAUGUCAGACAUCAAUUUAUUUCCCCCUUAUUCUAAGACAUUCCAAAAAAUAUCCCUUUACAUUUUUUGGAACAAUUAUGAACUUUGAGUAAAUUUUAUGUACUUGUUAGUGUUACAAAUUUUUAAAUUAUUAUAUUAUGUUUAUUAUAUAGCACACUUACUGCUCAAAACUUAUGUUACUUGUGUAUUCAGAGGGCUCUUACUUUUAAUACUGAUUCUCCCCCCCCCCUUUCCUGAAGUUAUUUUAAUUCAUUUUACUUAUAGUACUUUCUAGGUUAUACAAAAUCUUAAAUUUAGAGAAGAUUUAUAUGUGGCCUUAUGUAAAUAUUUUUCUGAAAUUAAAUGUACUUAAAUUAUAAAUUUUUUUAUAUAAAGAUAAAUAUGCUGAGUAAGUAUUUAAUCAAUCCCCUUCCUUCUUAAGUAAAUAUUCAUGAAUUUAUUGAAAAAGUAUUCUUGAACUUGACUUGUAGAAUGUUUAAAAUUCUAACAUUUGUAGUAUUAUAUGAAUAUUGCUUUUUGUGACAUUGCAACUGCAUAGAUGGUAAAAAAUAAAAUUAUUUCCCUGAAAGUAAUUGCUUGGAUGUUUUAAAAGUAAUGGACUUUGUUCUAUAAUGUUUUAUUUUUGAACUUGCGCAAAAUUUUUUUUUGUGUGCAAUUCUAAAUACACAUUUAAUAAUUGUAAUUUGUGGAUAAGUGUGAAUAAUUCUUUUUAGAUAGUGAGUUUUUUACUUUAUUUUUUAGGCUGCCAUUUUUAAAUAUUACAAAUCUGAAUUUAUUUUUUGCUUCUAACUGAAGUAUGCAAACCUCCAAAAGUUUAAAAAGCUUCUCUUUGUUAAUUCUAUACGAAUAGCAUUUGAAUUUGAUGUAAAAGCUAUGGUAAAUUGUAUGUUAUAGAAUUGUUAGCUUAUUUUAGGAGAUUAUGAUCGAAACCUUCUAAAAUAUUGGCAUCUGUUUGUACUUCUCUGACAACCAGCUUGAACAACUAACAUCUUUGCAAAAAUACUUUUAUUCUUCAACAACAAAAAUGAAUACAUUAAAAUUGUCAUCUAAGGAGAAACCUAUCUUCCUUCCUAAACAUGCAAAUUUCAUAUUGGUAUUGAUAAAUAGUAUGUACAAAUUUUGUACAUGCUAUAAUUUGUGUAAGAAGGAAGAUAAACUUUUGCUUGGAUAACAAUUUUAAAUGUAUUAAGUUUUUCUUCUACAAGAAUUAAAAGAUAUUUGCCGAAAUGUGACUUAUUCAAGUUUGUUUGUUGAAAAGGCUAACUUCUUUUAACGUGUUUGUACAACAGUACAGAUUGCAUGAUUUUUCAAAUUUAAGAUCAACUGCAUGAUCUUUAAAAUCUGUUAAUAUUUAUGAAAUUUUCAAGAGCUUCAACUGGGAUGCGUGCUUAUUCUAUAGUAUUAACAUUGUGAACACCAUUAACUUUAUGAAAUCUUUGUAUUUCAUUAUUUUCCGAUUGUUACACAUUUAAUAUAAUGUAAACAUCAAAUAUUUAAUUUUAAAAUUGAAAGCUCGGUGUUAUGAAAUAUUAUUGGUUGAAAAGAAGUUAAUGCAAUAUGAAUGCUUCUAAGAAAUUUGAAACUAAAAAAAAAGAAAAGAUUAUUUUGUUGUUUGCAGAAAGGUUCAACUGUUUUUAUUUUUAAAUUUCUUUUUUCAAUUUCGACAGUAGCAGAAACUUAUAUUGUAUCAUUUGUGAAUUUUUCACUGUACGAAACUAAAUGAGAUGUUAGUUUUCGUCAUAAAAUUCAAUUGACAAUUCAAAUAUUAUCAGUUUAACACACAUAUAACAAACAAAAUUAACAUAUAUAAAUUAAUAAAUAAAAUAGUUUUUCACACUUUCAUAUUAAACUCCUCUUUUUAUUUAAAAAAUUUUGUGAUUUUUUUCUAAUGUAAUCUGCUGGCAAUUUAUAUAUUUAAUUUAUGAAUCCACAAUUUUUAUUUAAUAAUGCAGUUUUGUCUACCACAUUAUUUUAUUAUCACCAAUUUAUUUAAAUAGAGUUUAUGGAUUUUUUGAGUUUAUAAAUUUAAAAAUUUUAUUAAAUAAAGUCGUGUUUCACUACUUUUUAUUUUAUUCAUAAUAUUGCUUUAUGUAAUAAAAUUUUUAAAUUUGUGUAUGUUUAUUAGUGAAUUUAUAUUAUAUUUAAUGAAAUUUGUAAAUCACUAACACCUUUUAUUAAAUAAAGCUAGCUUAUUACCAUUAGAUUAAAAUUGCUGCUUUAUUUAAAUAAAAUUUUGAAUUCAUCUGUAUUUUUGCUUGUUAUUUCUAAAAUAUAUCUCCCAAAAAGUUAAUUUUCUAGACUUAAUUAAAUUAGUUAUUUGUGAAGUUUUAAAAUCAAUAUCUUAUGUUGACUUAUAAGUUAAUCAAAUCUAAUGGAAGUGGAAAAAGCUUUAAAAGGGUAUUUUAUUUUGGUAGUUUUUAAAAGAGUAAUUAAAUCAUAAUUUUAACCCUAAAAAAUAAAAAUUACAAUAUACUAGUUUAAAUAAAAAAGCAUUUUGUAGAUCAAUAAAAUACAUUAUUUAUAGUUAUUCCCAUAAAAUAAACAAAUUAUAAAUACAGUUUAAUAUAUUUUUUAAUAAAUUUUCCUCAGUUAUAAUGUAUCAAUCUAUGAGAAGAUUUGUCAAAUAUUUCAGUUUGAUAUAAAUAGAUAAUGACUCUAAAACCCUAAAUCUCUUAAUGGCAAACCAGGCUGUUUCUUUGUCACAUACUUUUUUUAAGCAUGUAAAAUUGUUGAUGCUACUAAUUAGCUUGUAAAUAUUUCUUUCAUUGUAAUUGUGUGCACAAAAAAAGAAUCACAAUCAAAGAAUGUUUUGAUAUUUUAGAAACCGCUAACUAAAAUUUUUAAGAAUCAUUUUAUAAUUUGAUAAGAAAUAAAAUGAUGCAAUAAUUUUAUUGUAGGAGUAAAAAUGCUUUUGUUAUGUAAUGUGUGUAUAUUUAAUAAUGAUAAUAAGGAGUGGUUAAAAAAAAACAGCAACUAAAUAUAGUGUUAAAUGGUAAAAGAAUAGUAAAAAGAUAGAUAAUAAUGUAUAUAAUUCAGUCAUGAAUUAUAAAAUUUGACAUUUUUAUGUAAUGCAAAAUGAAUGAAUUUUAAAAAUUAAUGCAAGUUUUUAUAUUUUACAGAUUUUUAAUAGUGAUAUAACUACUCUCGAGUUGAACAAUGUUUCUACACUGUUAAUACAUUAAGAAAAAUUCCUAGAUGAUAUAAUAAUUAUUUCUGUUGCUUUCUCCCAAAGUAAUUUUGUGAUGUGCACAUAUUGUAAUACAAAUUGUAUUUCGUAAUAUGUUUUGAUUCCAAAUGGAGUUUUCCCCUUUAAUACACAAGUAUCGAAGUAUAUAUUUAUUUUUGAAUCUAUAAAGUGAUUUUAGUUUGCAUAAAUAAAAAAAUUUCCAAUAUGAAAUGAUUCAGACAACACAUUAAAGCAAUAAAACAUUGAUAUUUCUGUGUAUAAUCAUAGAAAGCCAGUUGGCGUUUUCUUGAAGUGUUGUUUGUAUUUAUAUUCUUUGUUUUAUUGUAUUCUGUAAUCAUGAAAACAGCUAUAAAAUGAAUAUUUUCUUUUGAA